AUGGAUAUAGGAACCGCUGCCGCCGCUCUCCUGGGAGGAGCCACGGUCGCAGGAUAUUUGAACGCUAAAUUCCAUUUCCAGAAAGAUAUAUCGGGUUUGCUGUCGAUGAAGCGAGCGGAACGUGAAUAUGCCACUGCCGUCAAACACAACCGGGGGAAUCCUUGGUUUGUUCUACUAGAAACGGUGAAACGUUACCCCGAUAUGAUUUGUCUCUGGACCCGGGAAAGAUCAUACACAUACCGCGAAGUGCAAGAUCAGGCCUGCCAAUAUGCGCAUUUCUUUUUGUCACAGGGUGUGAAGAAGGGUGAUCUCGUUGCUCUAUAUCUCCAGAACCGCGCGGAGUACAUGGUCGCUUGGGUGGCUCUUUGGAGUAUCGGUUGUGCUCCAGCAGCUAUUAAUUACAACCUUACCGGUGAUGCAUUGAUCCAUUGCCUGAAGAUCAGCAAUGCCAAGAUUCUUAUUGUCGAUGAAGAUUCCGGCUGUCGUGACCGCGUGGAAGAAUCCCGGGAUACCAUUGUUGGGAACCUGGGAAUGAAGCCAAUGACUCUGGACGAAUCACUCAAGGCGCACAUUGGUACUUUCCCAUCGACUCUGCCACCAAAGGAGAUGGCAAAGCAUGUUGAGGGUAACUUCCCUGCUAUUCUGUUAUACACCUCGGGAACGACGGGUCUACCUAAGGGUUGUGCUUUCACAAUGUCCCGGCUAUACACUACACUAUAUAUUCGUCGUGCUCUCAUUAGAGACACACCAGGACCGGGUGGCGAUCGCUGGUAUAGUUGUAUGCCCUUGUACCACGGCACUGCGGCUAUUACUAUGGCCACGUGUAUGGUGAUGGGAGUGAGCAUUGCAAUCGGCCCGAAGUUCAGCGUCAGUAAGUUCUGGACGGACAUCCGGGAUUCAGAAUCUACUCUUUUCGUCUAUGUCGGAGAAACUGCCCGCUACUUGUUGGCACCGCCGCCAUCACCCGAAGAUCGCAACCACAAGGUCCGCUGCAUGUACGGAAAUGGUCUUCGACCAGAUAUAUGGGAGAAGUUCCGCGAGCGUUUCGGAGUUCCUGAAGUUGGAGAAUUUUUCAACAGCACUGAGGGUGUCUUCAGUCUCUUCAACUACAACCGUGGUCCUUUCACAUCUGGCAGCGUCGGCCAUCAUGGUCUGCUUUUGCGCGGGAUCAUGCAUAAUGUCUUUAUUCCCGUUGCCAUUGACCCGGAGACCGGCGAUAUCAUGCGUGAUCCCAAGACGGGCUUUGCAAAGCGUGCAUCAUACGAAGAAGGCGGAGAGAUCAUCGUCAAUAUUCCCGGAAAAGAUGCUUUCCAGGGGUAUUGGCAUAACGAUGACGCCACCAAUAAGAAGUUUUUGAAGGAUGUCUUCAAAAAGGGCGAUCUUUACUACCGCUCUGGAGAUGCCUUGCGUCGCCAGAGUGAUGGUCGUUGGUACUUCCUCGAUCGUCUUGGUGAUACUUUCCGCUGGAAGAGCGAGAAUGUUGCUACUGCGGAGGUAUCAGAAGUUGUAGGGCAAUUCCCGGGCAUAACCGAGGCAAAUGUGUACGGCGUCCGCCUUCCCAACCACGAGGGACGUGCCGGAUGUGCGGCGAUUCAAAUUAGCCCUGAAGCACGUCAAACAUUCGACUACAGCGCGCUUGCCAAAUUCGUCCGCUCGAAGCUGCCAAGAUAUGCCGUUCCGGUUUUCCUUCGGGUUGUCGAGAGCCCUACGCAUAUCCACAACCAUAAGCAGAAUAAGGUACCACUCCGUGAUGAGGGCGUUGACAUUUCACUCACUGGAACUAAAGCACCCGAGGGCAAGGAUGACCAUUUCCUAUGGAUUGCCCCUGGGAGUGACACUUACUCGCCAUAUGGACAGAAAGAGUGGGAUCAAUUGUCGGGGGGCGGUGCUAGAUUGUGA